ACACUCCAGCAUAUAGUUCAAAUCGUCAUAAAUCUGUGGACUGAGUUUGAUCUCGAUUUUUCCAUUUGUUUAAUAUCCGACGCGAGUCGAAGUCCUAUAUCAUUUUGUCGUUUAGCAUCCUGCUUUAACAACAUGCUCAAGCGAUUCUCCAGCGUUCUGCGGCUCACGCCUCCUCGUGAAAAGACGGACAAGAAAGAAGCAAAAUUCGAUCGAGCGGAUCUAAAGAAACUUGAAGUCAUCCAAAUCGAACGAGUCGAAGAAUCUCCCAAAGCAAAGACUCCGGCCAUGGCACCCUCUGCCACAUCACCUGUUACCAACGGCGUCAACGGCAUUAACGGCACCAAUGGCAUCACUGCGCACUAUGACUAUCCUCCCGCAAACCUUGAAGGCGAAUACAAGAUCCUGAAUCAAUACCAUUCGAAGCCAAGCAAGCUACGCGUAGCAUGCUGUGGUGCUGGAGCUUCAGGUCUUUGCUUAGCGUACAAGAUGGAAAGGAUGCUAACACCCGGGUCAUGGGAAUUGACACUAUACGAGAAGAACCCGAUGUUUGGUGGGACCUGGUAUGAAAACACCUACCCUGGAGUUGCUUGCGACAUCCCUUCCCACGAUUACAACUUCACAUGGGAUCCGAAGCCGGACUGGUCGCAGUUUUUCGCAUCGGGCGCGGAGAUCCAGGGAUAUUUUGAAGACUUUGCGAAAAGACAUGGAAGCAAGAAAUACAUGUCCCUGAACAGCAAAAUAGAAGAAGCGCGAUGGGAUGAUGCCGAAGGGAUCUGGAAUCUUACAAUCUGCAACCCAAAAACAGGAGAGAGACGCAAGGAAUGGGCGCAUGUGUUCGUGAACGGAUCCGGGAUUCUGAAUACAUGGAAGUGGCCAGAAAUCGAAGGUCUCCAUGACUUCAAGGGGCCCAUUCUACAUUCCGCCUGCUGGGAUCACAGUGUUGAAUUCAAAGGCAAGAAAGCGGCCGUCAUUGGUGUCGGGUCAAGCAGUGUUCAAAUUACACCCGCACUCCAGAAAAUAUGUUCGGAACUCGAAGUAUACAUGCGCAGCCCCACAUGGAUCUCGCCUCCAUUUGGCGCUGGUGCUCUCUCCACCGAUCUGCAAAAAGGGCAAGAGGUGGAUCCAGGACAGCGGCAGUAUGACUUCACCGAAGCCAACAUCAAGAAAUUUACCGAGGACCCCGAAUACCAUCUCGAUUUUCGGAAGCGCAUCGAAGCUGAAAUCAACAGCUUGUUCAGCAUGUACAUUCAGGGCUCGGAGCUUUCACAUCAGUUCCGUGAUGUCAUUACCAAAGAAAUGAACCGCAGAAUGGGUCCCGAACAUCAAAAGCUGAAAGACUUCAUCAUCCCAAAGAACUUUGCGCCUGGUUGCAGAAGAAUAUCGCCAGGUGAUGGUUUUCUGGAGGCUUUGGUGGCAGACAACGUCACACCUGUCUUUGAUGGUAUCAAGCGUGUGGUUCCCGAAGGCAUCGAGACAGAAGACGGCAAGAUCCACAAAGUUGACAAUCUUGUCUGCGCAACUGGUUUCCAGGUUGCUUUCCAGCCCGCGUUCACAGUGAUCAACGGUGAGGGCAAAUCGAUCAAGGACGACUGGACCGACGGACCCAAUUUGUACUUUGGUGUCUCCGCGCCCCGCUUCCCCAACUACUACACCAUCGUCGGCCCUGGAGCGACUUGGAGUAGCGGGACGCUGCUUCCUUCCAUCGAGACGACGAUUGAGUACUCGAUCAAGUGUAUGAGGAAGAUGCAGACAGAAGGCAUAAAAUCCAUGGCCGUCAAGCAAGAGGCCGUAGAUGAGAUUUACGCUCAUUUCGACGAGUUCCAUAAGAGCACAGUGUGGCAAGAGGAUUGCAGGAGCUGGUUCAAAGACGGCAAGAAGAAGAACCGCAUCUAUCUCUGGCCAGGCGCAACGAUUCAUUUCCUCAAAACUAUCAAAGAUCCACGUUAUGAAGAUUACGACUUCAACUAUCGGUAUAAGAACAAGUUCGCUUUUCUGGGUAACGGAGACGUCAAGGCCACUGUUUCUGGCGACGUUCAGGGCUUAAGCACUUACAUCCGUAACUCGGACCACGAGUGGUAUGUUGAAUGAUUGCGCAGGUCGGCGAAAACGCCGAUAAAGAUCCAAUAAACCAGGUGCAUUUUCGGGUACCUGCUGCCUAGCGUUGCCUGAUUCCAUUGCACUGUGGGGACCCCUCCCCGGGCUAACUGGCUCCCCCGGAUUUUCCGUGGUCACAACAUAUCAUUAGUCGUUUUUCUUUCAGUCAUCAUUUCCUACGCUUGUUGUACAUAAUGCUGAGAUCCCCAUGAACCGGCUUUCUUGUUUUUUACAAACUGGCGAAUUUCUCUUGGACUAGUGCCGUGUCUCUUACGUAUCUGGCUGUUAUUUCAUACUCGGCAUGUAAAAUAAGAUUCAAACAGCCUCGCUUACACUCCCAAAGGUUGACAAUGACAUUCCACCCCGCCAUAUGAUUCCUCACUAAACCUAAACUCAGCAAGCAUCAAAAAUGGUAUUCGGUCCAUCUCAGUGGGGCCAGGUCAUUUUCCGAAACUCCGCGUCGAGGGUCCAAACGCAACCAAUCAUUCCCCACAGGUUGCCAUGAAAAACAUGGAGAACCCCGCUUAACCUGACUCCAUGAUGCGGUGCAAUGCAUUGCGAAUGAAUCGUGCAAAUCUUCCAGGCCCGUGGUGUGGGAGCACGCUAUAUUGUUUUCAUUGGAUCUUAACUGGUGUCACAGCCGAUACUGCCAUCUAUGCCGUCAUGCGAGAUGAAGCAGGUCAUGAUGCCUGUGACCUCGAGAGCUCUUCGCAGCCGAUGCGUGUCGUCAGUCAGCAUGCCGCGAGACGUCUGAUGAAUGACUCCACGCUGGGUAUUUCCCUCACUCUCGGCUCGAU